AUGCAAUCUCUCAGGUCUGGGAGUUUGAGGAGAGAGAUCGAUGAAGGGACGAUUAGUAACAGUCUUCCUCCAGAACUGCAGGAUGCGUGCCGCUACUGGGUUGAGCAUCUCGAGCGCAGCCAGCAGAGCAUCGCAGACGGGGACGCCGUGUACAUCUUCCUGCAGACGCACCUUCUGCACUGGCUCGAAGCGAUGAGUCUGGUGUGGGAGACAGGCCAGUGCGUGCACUCGCUGGCAAGGCUGCAGGCGCUGGUGGCGCCAUCUGCAUACACAUGUGCAGGCUUCUUCCGCGAUGCGAGUCGAUUUGUGCUGCGGUUUCUAUCAGUCCUAGCGGAGGCAUCUCUGCAAGUCUACUUGUUAGCGCUUGUCUUUGCACCAGAGGCGAGCAUUGUACGCAAAACGUUUGUUGAUCGGGUUCCACAAGCAAUAGACAUACUGUCAGACAGAGACACAGAAUGGGAUGCGUGUCGCAGCGUACUGGGAGGUCAUUCAAGCGAUGUCAACGCUGUAGUGUUCUCGGCAGACGGCCAGCUGGUCGCCUCAGCAUCCUACGACAGGACAGUGCGAGUGUGGAAGACGGCGACAAGCAAGGCUACUUGUUACAAGCAAAAGCGCGAAAUCAAUUGCUAG